AUGGCCGAGGGAGAAAGUGUGUCGAAAUUCGCUAGUCGAAUCGAAGAGUUAUAUUAUAAACUCUGUGCGGCAAGUACGAUAGAUCUAGCUCAGGCCGAGGCAGAUAUAGUGAAAAAACAAACAAAGAAACAGGCAAUGAUCAUAUUUAUGACAGGGUUACCUCAUCACCUAUAUACAGUACUGAAAAGUCGAAAUCCCAGUACAUUGGAACAAUGUUUCAAAACGGCGAUCGAUGAGAUGCUCGAAUAUGAGUCAAAAGUAGAAAUGGAUAAAUUGCAGAGACAACUUGGUAAUGGAAAACAGGCAGACGUCAAUAACGAGGAAAAACGACAAAAUGGUGGUAAUACAAAUAACGCAGUUAAUCGCGGAGGAAACAGUAAUUCAAAUCAAAGCAAUAGAAAUAAUAAUUUCAACGGGUAUAACAACAGAUAUGUUAACCACAACAACCGCAAUAAUUAUGGGAAUAACAAUCAGAGCGGAUAUGGCUCACACAUGGUUAAUCGCGGCGCAUAUCGAGGCGGAAACGGCUAUGUAUUGUAA